AUGAGAGCAAUUUCCUUUGUGGGUUUGCAUGUCGCUGCAGGUUUGUGUCUUGUAUUGCAGCCCGCCCUGGCUGAGCCGGGCUGGGAUGUGAACGGCUAUCUGUACGACCCGCUGCUGGAGGACUUCAGCGGUAUGUCGAAAAUUGUAAGUUUUGCGUUGAUUCAUCUUUUUUUUGGGAAUAAUCGGAAUCCACAAAUAAGAGGUAUUCCGUAAUAACGGCCUAUUGCAGCGAGUGGUAUUAGUCUCUGACGGUUCACCUCAAAUCGAGGCAGGUGACAGCAUUGCCGAGGUUGGAGGCUACUUUUAUAUCGAAGGAAAGGCACCGGCAAUUCGAACAAUACACACGCAGAAAUUGAAAAUGUAAUCUUCUAUCGUAGUUUCAAUCUAUUGUAAGGGGUAUGACAUAUCGCGUUUAACUAUACUAACUUUGAUGCUUAUAUAUUUGUAUAUCCCAAAUUUGAUGCUCAUUUUAGCUACCAUCGUUCGGAUUUUGGCGAAUGUGAAGUCACAACCUAUGACGGAGAGGGCCCUGACGGCGAAGUUCUAAGUGGAAAUUACAGCGUGAGCUCGAUCCACACAGUCCAGGUUGGCAAUGACAGUAUGUGCUCUAACGAUUUGUAUCCCUUGAUGUAA